AUGGGUGCUCUACGAAUGUCACCACACUCCACCAGUUUGAGAUCACUACAAAUUGAGCCUACCAAGGAAGAUAACUCAUAUUUCCCACGAGUUUCAUCAAUCGCAGAAAUAUCACAAGCCCCCUUCUCAGGGCCAGCAUCCUCUGCCCCCCCAACCACUGUACCUUCAACAACAAACUACGACCCACUCAGUGUUCUUGUCGCCGAAGACGACCCAAUCAACAGCAAGAUUAUACAAAAGCGGUUGACCAAACUUGGUCACACCGUCGAGUUGACUAGCAAUGGUGAAGCCUGCACGAUUGCUUUUGCCUCUGCUACCAAAUCUUUUGAUGUGGUAUUGAUGGAUAUCCAGAUGCCGAUCCUCGAUGGAAUGACAGCCACUCGGGCGAUUCGCGAGUUUGAAUCCAAGACACCCAAGGAAGCGCUCUCCAAUAAAGCUAUACACAAUGAUCGAGUGCCUAUCUUUGCCGUCUCUGCAUCGUUGGUUGAAAAAGACCACGACCACUACGUCGAUACUGGAUUCGAUGGUUGGGUCAUGAAACCUAUCAAUUUCGCUCGUUUGAACGUUCUACUGAGCGGUCUCUGCGAUCCGUCCACCCGACAAGCAGCCACAUACACACCUAAUGGGGAAUGGGAAAAUGGUGGAUGGUUCGACACUAAGUAA